UCUAUUAAAAUAGGUUUGUUCUGGAACAAAUGAAGCCCUGCUUACUGUGGGAAAACCCCAAAGCGCCCGACACCGCAUGCAUAAUGUUAGCAGUUUACCAGGAAGUAAAGUAAAUCAAAUUAAUGUCAACUCGGCCAGGAAUAAUUGGCUGUUAGAUGCCGCUGCAGCACGAGUGCGCCGAGCGUUUAGAUAGAGUAGAGAAAUACUGAGCUGUCACCUUCUGUGGAGUCUGUGUUUUUACUCUUGCUCUCGUUUUCUCUCUCAGCAGGUUUCUUUGUAGAAACGGAGGGAUGGACGGGGACGAAAGAGCAACUUCUGAAAGGAUUCUUCUGGAACCGUACAAGUACUUGCUACAGCUGCCAGGAAAACAAGUCCGAACAAAACUCUCGCAAGCGUUCAACCACUGGCUCAACGUCCCAGAGGACAAACUUCAGGUGAUUAUCGAGGUGACGGAGAUGCUGCACAAUGCCAGUCUGCUGAUCGACGACAUUGAAGACAGCUCCAAGCUGCGGCGCGGUUUCCCGGUGGCCCACAGCAUCUACGGCGUGCCGUCGGUCAUCAACUCCGCCAACUACGUCUACUUCCUAGGCCUGGAGAAGGUGCUGAUGUUAGAGCACCCCGAGGCCGUGCAUGUCUUCACCCGUCAGCUGCUGGAGCUGCACCGCGGCCAGGGUCUGGACAUCCACUGGAGGGACACCUACACCUGCCCCAGCGAGGCCGAGUACCGCGGCAUGGUGCUGCAGAAAACCGGCGGCCUCUUCGGUCUCGCCGUGGGCCUCAUGCAGCUCUUCUCCCACUGGAAACCAGAUCUGAAGCCGCUUUUGGACACCCUGGGGCUCUUCUUCCAGAUCCGGGACGACUACGCCAACCUGAACUCCAAAGAGUACAGCGAAAACAAGAGCUUCUGCGAGGACCUGACGGAGGGCAAGUUCUCCUUCCCCACCAUUCACGCCAUCUGGUCGCGUCCCGAGAGCACGCAGGUGCAGAACAUCCUCCGGCAGCGCACGGAGAACGUGGAUAUCAAACGCUACUGCGUGGACUAUCUGGAGAAGGUGGGCUCGUUCGCUUACACCCGUCAGACGCUGCUGGAUCUGGAAGCUGAGGCCUAUAGCUUGAUCGCUGAGCUCGGAGGGAAUCCCGAACUGGAGGCUCUGGUGAAGCAUCUGAGUCGUAUGUAUAAAGAGCCCGGGGGCGGAGCUUCAGUCGGCCAAUCGAAAGAGCUCAGAGGCGGAGCUUCGGCCAAUCAAAACAAUGACUCUGCACUGUGAUUUAAACUGUACUGUUACUUUGACUCCACAGCAAAUUGCCUUCAGUCUAAAGUCUGUCGUUUUGUCUCGUUCAGAUUUCAAGCCGUUGUUACUGGCAUGUGAAGUGUAACAGGAACUUUACUGGCCUCUUAGUUACAAAUAUUGGGGCGAUAUUUUGUUAAAAUGAAAAUGAUCUGUAAUUGGCAUCUAAUGGUGGACAGGUGCUGCUUGUUUCAGCCGUAAACAAACAUUUAAUGUCUUAUUUCACCACAAAAUCA